AGGUAUGUGUUACAAAAAUAUUAAAUCACGGUGUGUUAAGAAGUAAUAGUUAAUAAAGUGUUAAUUUCAGUGCAGUGGCUGUUUGUUGAAAAAUUAAAGCCAAAGACUUUAAAGAGGGCGUGAUAAGCUCUUAAAAAAAAGAAAACAACACUCAGUACUUACAGUUGCAGUAACUGUUUUAAAAUUGAUUUCGCUCAUGGCCAUGGCUAAUGAAGUCACUCCGGAGAGUGAAUUAUGCAGCAUAGAAUGUUUUCAAAACUACACAGCUCCAGAAGUUUUCAUUCAAGGGCUAGCAGGAUUGGUCGACCAGCAAGAUGUGGAAUCUAUGAUCAGAGCGCAGAAAAGAAUGUUGCAGAGGUUUGAGAAAACAAAUGAAAUGUUAACAAAUUGCAACACACUCUCUGUUAGCCGAUUAAAAUCUGCAGGUGCUGAGUUCAAGAAACAUACACAACUGCUCACAGAAAUAAAGAAAGACCUCGAAACUAUUUUUAAAAGGAUAAGAAUUCUCAGAGGGAAACUUGAGAAGGAGUACCCUGAAGCUUACCAUGCUGCUGUGAACCAGAAUUUGAAAGAAGAAGAUGAAGAGGAGAAGGGUGAUAUCUCAGCACAUAAUCCAGAGGAGGGACAUUCGUCAAAAGUAUUCAUGAAAAGUGAGAGAGGCUCGUUUGACUCAAAGCCCCCCAAUAGUUCAUCGGGUGAAAGCUGCAAUGACAACACAAUCAAUGACUCAUCUCCGUGCACCUCCGACACAGGUUAACGGUGGAGGCAAAUUUCAUGCAUUUUUCGUCAAAGCGUUCUGUGAUUAUCAUUUUUUCUAUUGUUUUGAUUUUUAAUUACAAUUAAUCUUUUACCUGUAAUUUGUAUUUCUAACUUUUAGUGGGUUGCAGCUAGAGGUGCUGUGAAUACGCAAAAUAUUUUAGUCUUUAAUAGCUGUUUCAGUUUUUUUGACAACUGUGUGUAUAAUAAUUGGAAGAUACUAAGUAAAAUUUUGAUCUCAUACCUUGAUUUUUUUCAGCUUUUUAUGAUCAAUACAAAGAUAUGAUUACUUUACAGAAUGAUCAUCUUAACUUAGCUCAAAUGAAGUUACCCAUCACUUUAGGAUAUCAUUCCUGGAUAGAAUGAGUUGAGAAAUUAACUUUAUGGCUCAGUAACCAAUUGCAUGCUUCUAUUCAAUUUUAAUGAGAUAAUGGGAAUAUAAUCGGCUUUCAGGCGGCACUUCUCAUUGUUAUAGCUGUGGUUUGAUUUAUGUCCUGUAUUAAAUACCCUAAGAAAAAUCCAAGACAUGGUCUGCUAACUUUGAUAGCUUGUCCAGCCAAGAAAGCAAGAUAAUUUUUCAUUGAUAAUUUGAUUAAAGCAACCAGCAAGACUGUAAAAAAUGGUUUCCUGUUGUCAGAGGUUACCAUUAAAUGAUUCAUCCACAGGAAAAUAGAGGAGCCCACAGAGUUUUACUCCUAAGCUCAAUUUUUCUGCACCUAUCUCAUUCGUUUUCAGAACUUUUAGAAUGUAGAUUUGGGAAUUCAAUGAAUUUUAAAAGGAAAAUUGAGAACUUUAAGGUGAAAAUUAAGAGUAACCAAUGUUCAUUCCUUUUUUACUGUAGAUAUUGGCAGAUUGUCGGUUAAGUCGGAAAGUUAUGGAACGAUCUUUGAUAUUUGAAUCAGAGCAGGAACCUAAAAAAUUCAGAGGAUUUUCUCUUUGAGAUUUAUGUACCCUCUGGAACUGUCCAAGUGUCAAGGUUUUUUGUAGACAACAAUGUGUUCAGAAAUACUAAAUAUGGCUGAUUUAGAUCUUAAAAUCUGAAUCAGAAAAUAAAUCUUUUGAAUCAAACUCAGAUGCCUAAAUAUUUGUGUUCAACUUUUUAUUUGAGGAUAGUUCAAGGAGAAGCUAGGAAAGUAUGUAAAUUUGUUUAUUGUUUUACUUAGCAACCUUGGUUCUUAGGAAACGCUUUGAAGCACUAAAAUUGUGGACACUGUUAUCAAAUAUCUGAGCCAUGACAAGGAAAACCUGUUAGUUGAAUCCCUACAUUGUGUGUCAUGAUUGCUAAAAACUAUUGAGCAUUUUCCUAAUUAUUGAAUAUUUUUAUGAAACCUUAAGUGAAAAGUAUUUUUAUUACCUAUGCCGUGUGUCAAGUCAUUAAUUUCUAAGUAUUUGUUUUUAUCAAUCAUGUAUCUUGAAGAGAACAACUGUCAAGUGCUCCUUUUUUAUCUAUUUUAUUUCAUCCAUUAAUAUCAUUUUAAAGAUUCUGUUUAACGGAAUAAUGCCCCUUCGAAAAAUAAGUUUGCUUUGUCUUAACAAAAACAAAUUUCAAUAAAUUCCUCUUUUUAAAUUA